UGCGCCUGGUACUCUACCUCUUGGGUGGUGUGGAAAAGAGUACAUUUUUUUGUUCAAAACACUUUAUUUAAACAUAUAACUUGAUUUUUAAAAAAUAUAAGGUCCACACACAAACAUGAUUUUCAGGUUUCUAAUGUUUUUCUUUUCAGAAUAUUUGAGGCUAUGCGUGCAAAAAGGGCGAACUUAACUUUUGGCGUUUUUUCUUUUUUUAACAUUCUUUUCUAUGUUUGUCCUUUAACAUGACAAAGUGAUUCAUUAAUUCAUAAUCAUAAUGAUUGUCUUCAAUUAUUAUUGAAUUAAAUCUUUUCGAACGAAUUAAAUUAAUAAAAAUGAGGUUUUUCAGUUCACCUUUCUUUCAAGCAUAGCCGCAUUUGUAUGUUCUAGAUAUAUUUGACAAUUCCACAUCUCCAAAGGUAAAGGUAAUUAUCGUCCAAACCAACCUAUUUCCUACUUUGUUUAAUUGCUUAUUUCUGUCUGUCAUAUAGCGCAAUGAAAAUUUUGCUAGCGAAACUACCAAGGCCGUGGAUAGUAGACGAGAAGAAGGAUGAUGGGUACACUGCUCUCCACUUAGCUGCCUUAAACAACCAUGUUGAAGUAGCUGAACAGUUGGUGUUAAACGGAAAAGCCAAUAUGGACCUACAGAAUGUUAACUUGCAGACUGCGCUUCAUCUUGCUGUGGAAAGACAACACACUCAAAUUGUCAGGCUGUUGGUGAGGGAGGGAGCUAAUUUGAAUGUAGCAGACAAAGACGGGGACACUCCACUACAUGAAGCCUUACGUCACCACACUCUUUCGCAACUACGUCAACUACAAGAUGUCCAGGACGUGGGGAAACUGCUUAUGGGACUGGGAACACAAGGAUCAGACAAAAAGUCAUCAGCGAGCAUAGCUUGCUUUUUGGCAGGUAAUGGAGCUGACCUAACCAUCAAGAACAAGAAAGGACAAACACCCUUGGACUUAUGUCCAGACCCUAACCUCUGCAAGACUCUGACCAAAUGCCACAAAGAGAAACAGAGCGGCGAAAUGGACAUGGGCUCCCACCAGAACACUCAAAACUCCAACAGUAACUCGACAUUAGAAGAGUGUUUGGUCUGUUCGGAUGCCAAGAGGGACAUUCUCUUCCAGCCUUGUAGUCAUGUUACUUGCUGUUCAGCGUGUGCACCAAGAGUUAAGAAAUGCCUGAUUUGCAGAGAAUCUGUCGUCACUAGAAGUAAGAUCGAAGAAUGCCUAGUCUGUUCUGACAAAAAGUCCUCAGUCCUCUUCAAACCUUGCAACCACAUGUGUGCGUGUGAAAGCUGCUCGCAGAUAAUGAAGAAGUGUGUGACAUGCAGAGCACAAAUCGAACAAAUGGUACCGAUAGCUGUAUGUGCAGGAGGUCUGGGUACUAUUUCCGAAGUAGAAGCUGAUGUGGAAGAAGAAAGCAAACCAUCAACGAGUGAAAUUCCAGUGAUACAAGGGCCUAUAAUGAACAACGGAGGACGAGAUACUAUUGGUACUAACGAUAUACAGAAAUUGCAGCAGCAGUUACAAGAUAUUAAGGAACAGACCAUGUGCCCAGUUUGCCUCGACAGACUCAAGAACAUGAUCUUCUUGUGCGGACAUGGACUCUGCCAGAUGUGCGGCGACCAAAUGACUGAAUGUCCAAUCUGCAGAAAAGCCGUAGAGAAAAGGAUACUGCUUUAUUGAGUAAAACUGUUGUUAACUUAGCUAGAAAGAUAAAAAAUAUGGUUUUAUUAGAGUAUUUCCAUUUCGCGAAUAUUUUCUCGUUUGCUCUGAAAUAUUUGACAAGUCAAGUGACUGGUUUUCGAUAUACGUUAUCGAAUCUCGUUUACAGUUCCUGUUCUGAUUUCUUUGAGAUGUGGUGUACAGUAUUCGUACAAUCCCAAGAUUACAUUAUUUCAAUGUUGAAGGCAACCAUCAGAUUUCAUCCAUCUUUUUUAGUUUUUCACGUUUCCUGUGUUCUUUACAGCUUUUCUUUUGUUCCGUAUGUACAGUCUACAACAUUUCACAUUUUUAUGCGAAAUUCAAACUCAUACCUUCAGUCACUUGAUCAAAUACUAUUGUCCAACUCGAUCUUUAGCAUUGUUAACCAAUUUUCGUUGUACUAUGUUAAAAAAAGUGAUCAUAUAAUAUUUCUAGUUGUUCAUAUGUUAUCUAUGAAAUUAUUUUUAAAGUAUUUGUUUCAUAUGUAAUUUUUAUUAUUAGUAUAUUCCCAAAUGAUACAAAUGUUAUUAAUAGUUGUUUGUAUUAAUAUAUUAUUUACUCUGAA